CUCCACUCUUUGCAGGCGCGCUCACGCUGCUUCUCUCCCGUCAGAGGAGUAGCUCGGUGCGUAAAGUUGAUCCUCUCAGGCGCCGUCGUGCUGUUUUUUACCUUCCUCUCCAACAUGCCUCUCCUCCGGCUGCAGACAUGGACUCUACCCGCCCUGAGUGGAGUCUAACCGGCUCCACUGCUGCUCCUGUCCGUCCUCCAAGCUCCAUCAGCCGGGGAAACCCUGCAGCGUGUCCCUGAGCCUGUUAUUUUCUUUUCUUCUUUACCCAACACCACCACACCUUUACCUUUCUGGUCCGUUUUCUGCCGCUUCAUUUAUGGACUCCAGCAGCUCCGAGUGAGGAGUGUUUGUCUGUAACGUUCACACUGAAGAUGGAGACGGUGAUGGAAAGGGAGUGUAGCGCGCUGGGGGGGCUUUUCCAGACUGUCAUCGGAGACAUGAAGGGCAGCUACCCGGUCUGGGACGACUUCAUCAGCAAGGCCAGCAAACUGCAGUCACAGCUGAGGACGACGGUUGUUGCGGUAGCAGCUUUCCUGGAUGCCUUUCAGAAGGUGGCUGAUCUGGCAACCAACAGCCGAGGAGGGACCAGGGACAUCGGUUCAGCCCUCACCAGGAUGUGCAUGAGGCAUCGCAGCAUCGAGGCCAAACUCCGCCAGUUUUCCAUGGUGUUUCUGGACUGUCUGAUCAACCCUCUACAGGAGCAGAUGGAGGAGUGGAAGAGAGUCGCCAACACUCUGGAUAAAGACCACGCCAAAGAGUAUAAGAAAGCCCGUCAGGAGAUCAAGAAGAGAUCAUCAGACACUCUAAAGCUGCAGAAAAAGGCCAAGAAAGCUGAUGUAUUUGGCCGUGGAGACCUGCAACCUCAGCUGGACAGCGCCAUGCAGGAUGUCAGCGAUAAAUACCUGCUGCUGGAAGAGACGGAGAAGCAGGCGGUGAGGAAGGCGCUGGUGGAGGAGAGGAGCCGCUUCUGCUGCUUCGUGUCCAUGCUGAGGCCCGUCGUGGAGGAGGAGAUGUCCAUGUUGGGGGAGAUCACCCACCUGCAGACCCUGACAGACGACCUGAAGACUCUGACCAUGGACCCUCACAAGCUGCCGGCCUCUAGCGAACAGGUGAUCGUCGACCUGAAGGGCUCCGACUGCACCUGGUCCUACCAAACCCCGCCUUCGUCACCGAGCACCACCGUAUCCAGGAAGUCCAGCAUGUGCAGCAGCCUGAACAGCGUGAACAGCAGCGACUCUCGCUCCAGCGGCUCCCACUGCCACUCCCCCACCUCACACUUCCGUUACCGGGCCUCUUCUUCCUCCUCCUCCUCGGUGCUGCCCCAGCAGACGCCGGCCCGACUCUCCUCUGUCUCCUCCCACGACUCCGGCUUCAUGUCCCAGGAUGCCUUCCAGUCCAAAUCGCCGUCGCCGAUGCCUCCAGAGACGCUGCACUUGCCGAACGGCUUUGAACAUCAUGCUGCCCUCUGUCUGCAUGGAGUGGUACUGCAGACCCAGGACAUCCACCUCCACCCUUCAUACCUCACCUCCUCCUCCACUACCUCCCCCAUCUCCUCGCCCUCCUAUUCGUCCAUUUCUCCCACAUGGCCAUGGUGUCGCUCAGGCUUCAGCCAAUCAGGAGAUUAUCCGCCUCUCAGCCCCUCAGGGCUUGGAGUGAUUCUGUCAUCCAGAGUCCCAUCCUGGAAGGACUGGGCCAAACCGGGCCCGUAUGACCAGCCGAUGGUCAACACUCUGAGGAGGAGCAAAGACAGGCGAGAGACUACAGAUCCCAGCAGCCACCAGGGCACUGAUGUCACCACACCAGGGGAGGAGCCACAGGGGGUUAAAGGAGGCUCACUGACUUCCUCUAAGGUGGACCGGGAGGCCCAUGAGGAGUUGGCCAGAGCUCUGGCCCGAGGCCUCCAGCUAGACAUCCACGGCUCCAGCAGGGACUCGCUGCAGGGCUCUAGCGGCUACAGCAGCCAGACCAACACUCCCUGCUGCUCAGAGGACACCAUCCCCUCACAGGUGUCCGACUGUGACUACUACUCUGUCGGUGCAGAUCAGGAUGGUGAGCAGCAGCAGUCGUCGGAUUUUGACAAAUCGUCCACCAUCCCGAGAAACAGCGACAUCAGUCAGUCCUACCGCCGCAUGUUUCAGUCCAAACGUCCUGCUUCCACUGCCGGUCUGCCCUCUAACCCCUCAGCUGUUAUUACCCCAGGGGUUGCCACCAUUAGACGGACUCCGUCCUCCAAACCCAACUUGCGGCGUCCCUCUGGGGGCCUCAGCUUGGGGCCCAUUCCCAUCAAGCCCCCCAUGAUCCCAGUCAAGACCCCCACUGUGCCUGAACAUCCCAGUUUCCCCACUCGAUCAGAAGAUGGCAACACACCACGGACUCCACUGAGCCCCCCGACCAGCCUCUUGUCACCAGGCAGCAGUGGGCCGCUGUCGCCAAAAUCCAUCCCCUGGGAGACCCAGUACCUUGGGGAGGGAUCGGAUCCUCCCACCCCGCCACCACAGCCCAGCGGUCGGGUUGAGUGGGAACGCCGUCCACUCCCGGAGCUCCUGGAGGAGACGGAAUACGGCGAGGUGGAGGACUUUCUGGUGGCCAUCCGACGAGGCGUCAAGCUCAAGAAAACGAUAACCAACGACCGAUCAGCGCCAAGUAUUCACUGAGACUACAAGGGUUGAUUCGACUUGAACCAUUUUGUGUCCCUAGUUGGAUGUGCAGUUGGAGGGACACAAAAUGGUUACUGCUGAGUAGAAGCAAAUAGGAGCUACAACAUAAAAUGGGUGGUGAGAAUAGGAAGAAGUUGCCUGUAGACUCUUAUCAAGGAUCAGUUUUAAAAUGUCGCAAGUUCCUUUCAGCAAUGCCAAAUUCUGAUUAAAAACAAUCACUCAGCACCUUUACUAUUUGGCCAAAGGGUACUUACUGUGUAAAUUAUAGAUAUUUGAUUUGGGAAGAAAAUGAAAAGGUGUUUUUUUGGCAUCACAGUCUGAUUUUACUUGAUUUUAAAAUCCAAAGUGAUACAAACUACAGUGAAUCUGUCAAGCUAAUGCACGUGAAAGAUUUUAACUAUUGGUUUAACCUGUUGCACAUGUUGAAGCAAGACAACUGGAAAAUGGCAAUACUUAAGCAAAACUGUCUCCAAACAGAUUGAGAUCAGAUCCAACAAGACCUUUAAAAGGACCCUUUUACAAGCUGACAACUGUCAGUAUUGCACUUCCUUUUUGAGGCAACUACUGGGAACACUGAUCCGGGAUCAUUUCUUAGGGCAACUUUGUUACGUAAAAGACAAGAAGUGAAAGGAUGUUCCUGUCAAAUGGGAGUUGUUGCUUGGACAAGGUCAGUGUUGUAGCAGAAAAGGCUUAAAUGAAAUUAAAUGUUACUAUUGCGAAGACAGAUGAAGUGGAGGAAAAUUCUCAAAGAGAUAGUGGUUGGCUGUUAGGAGUGAUGGAGUAUUUUCAAAAAAAUCAAAUCAUUAUUUGUAUGUACAUAUUUCUAUUUUAAUGUGUUUGUAUGCUUUUGUUCAUCAUAAGCUCCUUUUACAUCCCCGUAGUCUCCCAUUUUCACUUAAAGGUGCCAAAAGCCUGUGUGCUGAAGUUAAAUAUUCUCUAUUUAAGUAAAACUAUGCUGGAUUUUCUUGAUGUACAAACAUAGGUAGAGAGAAUUCCACUUCUACACAAACGGAGUGUCUGUAUACGUAGGGUAGCAUCUCAAAGAGUGGUGUGUAACCAGUUACAGUUGUUAAUGCCACAAACAGUAGAUUGACCUGCAUGUUCUUACAGUUUGCCCCAGUAUAAAUAAUCACUUUGCUUUUUGAAUUAGAUCCAUGAACAAAUAAAGCCCCUAAAACACCCUGCAGUGGAUACAAACUGUAUCAGCAGAAUCUGAGAUGCCAACAACUCGUUGACUGUAGAAAGGUCCUGCCUUUGAUUCUGUAAAAUCAAAGACAUUGAAAGGGACUGUGAGGUAUUUAUUUCCUUUAUUUCAGAUUGUGUUUUUUUUAUUCAGUUUUUUUGUGAAGCACUUUGAAAGUUUUGAUCAAACUCAAAAAAUGUUCAAAAGCCAAGAAAAACUCAAUCGAAGGUUAAAAUUCUUAUUCUACAAUAUCAUUAUUAGUUCUUAUUGGAGAUAAGUGGUGAGUUUGUUGGCGUCCGUCCCUGUUCAUUGUUGAACUAUUAACCUACCAACUAUGUAGCAACUGCGCAGUGUGCAUUAGCAAACGUAGCAGUAAUAGAGGCUAUUUCCACAGUUUGCGUGUUACUACAUAUUACUGUAGUAACUGCAGUAACGUGGAUUAAUGUAUUGGUCUGUGGUAGUGAAGCCUGUGUGCUGAUUUAGCCGGCACACAUGUAAACAGUUGUGGACGUUAUCUUAGUGAAGCUACUACUGAAUCAAAGCGUCGGUAUUGGGGCAGUGUGCUGCAGUAAACUGGAUUUAAUACCUAAUAUAUGGGAAAUCUGAGGAAUAUCAUUUGGUCUGACAUAGAAAGAUUGUUUUAUAAUUAGAGACACUCCAUAGUGACUAAUUUCACUGUUGAAUAAAUGAACGUUUAAACUACACGUGUAAAAGUAACAAAAGCUCAGAAAACAAUAAUGCCAAACAGCAAAAGAAUAUUCACACGACGCCUGGUUAACAAACACAGGAUAGUCAACUCUGGUUGGGGAUUUAGGUUUAGUUGAGUCAGUUAACACAAGUACAGCCUGACUAUGUAAAAGACCACAAGAGAAUGGUUAUACUCUUCAAAGUCACACUGAGACUAACUCCAGUUUGUUCACUGUUCCAGUACUGAGUUUAAAAUGGAGAACAAGUCAAGUAUACAAGUCUCCACUAGAAGGUAUACAUUUUUUAUGGACAGAGAACAGGUACACCACAUCCUGUACAACCUGGUCUGGAGUCGAGCUUGCUUUAGUCCUAAACUGUUUGUGCUUACUAGCCAUCAAACACUAACUGUUCAGUAUAAAGAGGACUUUCAGGUGGUCACUGGCAGCCAUGAUCGAGGUCACUAAUUCUUUGUCUCUGAAAGCUGUGCUUUACAUCACAUCUCAUUAACUACACUGAGCAACAAUAUAAAUGCAGCAUGUAGUAUUUUAUUAAAUUAGAUCCAUUAUUUUUGCCAUAGUGGAAUAAGCAGUUGUUAUUUCAACACAAUGGAAUAGAUGCUGUGAAAUAAACCAUGUAGCCACAGGAACGGACCUGAAUUCAGUUGGUGAAGCAGAAGAUGCAUUAAUACGUUUGUCAGUUUUAAAAUACUUGUACUGCAGCUAAUAGUACACAAAUUACAAAACUGAUCAAUCUAUUGGUGUUGAUCACAGCAGCCAACUUAAUAACUUCCUGUUUUAUCAGCAGUUGCACAUCUCAAAAACCUAAAUUCAAUCCUUUUCUAACCAAAACAAUAGAAAUCAGAUUUUUCUUUUGUAAGUUUUUCUCAAAGUUAGGCAAGAAGACCACUUGAAUGAUUUGAAUGCUGCGUUUAUAUUUUUGUUCCGCAGUUUAUGUUUUUGUUCAGCUGCUUAAAUUUCUGAGCUUAAGAAUUGGCUGUCUUGAAGAAUUUAAAGGACAUUUUCCUAAAUUGCUCACCAGCUGAUUUUAAGUAAAAAUCUAUAUUUUCUAUGAAUUUAAGUUAUGCUAAUGGGUCAUUCCACCUGAAUUCACCAUUUAAAAAAAAUAAACAGUUCACACCUGACCUCAUAUUUGUCUUUUUUCUGUGCUGUUAGUAAGAAAAACAAGUACAUUUUUACUAAGAGUUUUGUUUUUUAGUCAACUGAAUCAAUAUUCACCACUUUAAAAAUAAAAUCUCUCGAAUUGAAGAUGGUCAUGCAUGGGGUGUUCGGUGAAUUAAGGCGGAAUAAAACUAAUUUGUGUUUUUGGCCUUAGCUAGCAUGCUAGCAGGGCUACAGACCUGUUUGAGAUCAUCAGUGUCUGCACCAUGCCCUCCAUCAUGGCUCCACAGGACUGUGACCCAACUGAAACUUCCUCUGUUAGCUGUGCUGAAACAGACGACGAGCAGAACCUGCAGCGUACUAAUAUUCAUGUAACUACAACAACUGUGUAAAAACUGUAAUAGCUUUCUACAUGUUGAAUAGCCCCACAAGUUAAUGGAAUCUGUAUUAGCGGGAAAAAUUAGCUGAAAAACACGAAAACUCCACCGUUGCUACCAACCAGUCCUAACAGUGCUAACAGUGUGUCACGACAUUAUUUACCUAUUUAUUCAUUUAAAUGUUGUCAUCCGUUUUAAUUUCACAUUUCUAAACCCCCUGCUGUCCUGUUGAGCUAUUAAAUAUAUUUAAUAUGCAUGUUGUCUUUUUUUUUUAGUUGAAAAAAAGAUUUAUUAGUUGCUUUUUCCCGUUUCUUUACUGGAACUAAUUAUUUCCUCAACUGGAACACAUUUUUAGAUAAUCAUCUAAUCUGUUUCCCUACAGGAAUUAUUAAUGUUUCAUAUUUUAAUGUGUCGCCAUGUAUGAUGACUGAAGCCUGUCUGUUUUAUAUGCGUUUUUUUGGUGCAGGUUUACGAAUAAAUUUGUGUAGCUGAUGCGAUAACAAGCGUAUGAAGCUGAAUGUUCGAGCCUGUGAAGACUGUGUACGUUGUUGAUCUGAGGACACACACCGAGGAUGUGAAAAGCGAGUUUUUAGAAAUCAUGUCCAUUAGUAGCAAAAACUCCUCUGCCUUUUUUUUCUUUAGAAACACCCAGUUAGAAAAAUCCUGUAGUUAAAGAUCGAAGUAAGCUAAACAUUACUUUUCGUGUCCUCGGUGUGUUUACAGGCCGUCUGUCCCUGAGCUGUAGCAGCUGUCAGUGUGUCUCGACCCUUUAGCCUUUAAUUUAAGAACAAGUUGCCAAAUUUCUUAAACUAUAUGCUAAAUGAUGCUCUGGGUUUCAUUUUUUGUAAGAUUUUCCUACUUCAGGUGCUCUGCUGUAAUGGUUUCCCUCGUGCAUUUCCUAAAUAAAUAUUACCAGUCUGUCUCUUCA